AUGUCAGUUGAAGAAGUCAGUCAAAAAUUAGAAACUGUCUCAGUCAGUGAUGAUACGCCAAAGACUGUUUUAACUGAUAGUAAUAACUUUGAAGUUAAACAUCCUUUGAACUCUAAAUGGACUUUAUGGUACACUAAACCAGCUGUCGAUAAGUCUGAAUCAUGGUCCGAUUUGUUACGUCCAGUUACGAGUUUCGAAACUGUCGAAGAGUUUUGGGCAAUCAUUCAAAAUAUCCCUGAACCACAUGAAUUACCUUUGAAAUCAGAUUACCAUGUUUUCCGUGGUGACAUUAGACCAGAAUGGGAAGAUACUGCCAACUCUAAAGGUGGUAAGUGGUCUUUCCAAAUCAGAAGUAAAGGUAGCGAAAUUGAUGAAUUGUGGUUAAGAACUUUAUUAGCUGUCAUUGGUGAAACUAUUGAUGAAGAAGAAUCUGAAAUUAACGGUGUUGUCUUAAGCAUUAGAAAAGGUGGUAACAAAUUUGCAUUAUGGACUAAAUCUGAAAAUGAACAAGCUUUACGUAACAUUGGUGCCAAAUUCAAGCAAGUUUUGAAGUUGACUGAAGAUGGUCAUUUGGAAUUCUACCCACAUUCCUCUGCUAACAACAGAAACGCCCAACCAACAAUUACCUUGUAA